CUUUCCUUCCAUGCUUCUGAGGUUCACUUCCUACUUCCUAGACGGUUAUCAAUGCCCGUGUUAUCGACAUUCCGAUCCCUCAGGAGAACUGCCGCCACCGCAACUGCUGGCGACUCUGCGAUCUCAUGGCUCUCCGCCCCCGGAAACCCCCUCAUGCGUUGGCCCCUGCCGCAACCUCUGCCAAAAUCACCACCCCAACUCUCCGUUGAUCCGCCGCCCUCUGCACCGUUAGCAGGAGAAAAACUCUCCGAGGUCCUUGAAACUGCCGUCUCCAUCUCCUCUCUAAUACGUUCAACUCCACUAUCCGACAUCAAAGCCACCCUCAUACGGUCCGGCCUGGUUCCUCCCACCACCAACCUCUCCUCUAUCAUCGACCUACUCAUUCGUUCUCACUCCUUCGACCUCGCUUGGUCUCUCCUCCUCUCUCAUCCUCCCUCCUCUCUCUCAACCUUCUCCUCCCUCUUCCGCCGUUAUUCUCGCACCCAAAAGCCCUCCGCUGCCAUUCGCACCUUCCUCUUCCUCCGUCGCUGCCCACACUUUUUCACCACCACCAUCGAGGAUGACCACGACACCCUUGAGCUCCUCCUCGAUGCUCUCUGCAAGGAGGGUCAUCCAAAAGCUGCUGCAGACUUCCUUAUCCAAUUGAAAUCAGAAGACCCCAAUUUGAUUCCCUCCGUCCGCUGCUACAAUAUCCUCCUCCAUGGCUGGUUCCGCCAACGGAAGCUAAAGAAGGCUGAGAGUUUAUGGUCAGAGAUGCUCCGUGAUGGGAUAUCGCCUACUGUUGUCACCUACGGCACUGUUAUCGAGGGUUUAUGCCGCCUGCGGCGACCAGAUCAAGCUAUGGAGCUUCUGGAAGAGAUGCGGGGCUCAGGCAUCGAUCCUAAUCUCCUUACCUGCAACCCUAUUGUAGAUUCCUUGUCAGAGUCUGGGAGAUUUAAGGAGGCUCUCGGAUUUGUUGAAAGGUUCCCUCUCCUUGGCCUUUCGCCCAGUAUCUCCACUUAUAACUCCUUGAUAAAAGGGUUCUGCAAGAAUUCUGAUCUUAAAGGAGCUAGCAAUGUUCUAAAGACGAUGAUUGGCAGAGGCAUUCUGCCGACAACGACUACAUAUAAUUAUUUUUUUAGAUAUUUUGCAAAAUUUCGCAAGAUUGAAGAGGGUAUGAAUCUUUAUAACAAGUUGGUUGAAUCUGGGUAUGCUCUGGACCGGCUCACAUAUCAACUACUUAUCAAAAUGCAUUGCGAGGUGGAAGGGUUGGAUCUUGCAGUGCAGCUGAUCAAGGAGAUGCAUAGGAAAGGGUUUGAGGUGGACCUGGCAAUGAGCACCAUGCUUGUGCAUUUGCUAUGUCGGUUAAAAAGGUAUGAUGAGGCCUGUAAUGAAUUUGAGGAAAUGUUUAGUAGGGGAAUUGUACCACAGUACAUCACUUAUCAGAAGUUAUGCAAGGAGUUGAAAAGAUUGGGUUUGGUAAAAAUGGAGGAGAGAUUAUCAGCAUUGAUGUCAUCAGUCCCACACUCUAUGAAAUUACCUGCAACUUAUAGGGACAAAGAUGGAGGUGAGGAGGUAGAAAGGCGGGAGUCUAUACUUAAGAAGGCUCAGGCAAUGUCAGAGGCUCUUAAGGGAAUAAAAGAUAAGGAUCAAAUGACCAAAUUGAAGACCUUUGAGGAAAGCAUGGUUGAGAAAGCCAAUGAAUUGACGACAAAUAUUAGAAGGAGAGUAUAUGCAGUAAAAAUUUAGUUCUUCACUCUUCAGUAGCUUUGAAGAUUAUAACUGUUGGCACUUCCGCUCACAACAGACUUUAUGCAUCCUUUUACUGCAAGCAAACGAUGCUGCAAUGAGUCUCAUAUUGUACAUAUGAAGAUGAACUCAUCAGACCGGUUCAAAGUAAACUCACUAGCUGAACUCAGGGUGAACUCGUUGUAUGGGUUCUGGGUGAACUCUCUAGUUGGAUUCAAGAAAAACUUGCCAGACUCCGUCAACUCAUCGUACCAACCGAGCUCAAGUAUAAUCAUCAAAGCCUGUGAGCUAUUCGGUGGCCUCCUCAAUAGAAUAGUGUCUGACAUCUUUUUCUGUGCAAGAAGACCAUAGAUAUGUGAUUGUUAUGGUGAAGAGAUUUCUGGAGCUUCGGUUACCCAUCUGAUUCUUGUUUCUAAGUAACAUGCAAUGGUUAUGGCUACGUUGUUCGUGUGCAAAAUGGAAUUAUUCCAUGAACCUAACUGUAAAUAUAUUGGGGAAGAAAUGACAGUUGAGAUUUUGUGAUUUGUAUUUUUAUGAACGGUUGGUGAAGUUGAUGAAAUAUGAGGAGCGUAAAAGAUUGCAUAAAUUUUGGGAAGAAAAGGAAUGCCUUGUUGGUAAAUUUUAAAAGGGAAAUCUACAUUGGUCCCACAAAUCUAGCAUCAACUUUGAAGUCUGGUUUUGCUCUGAUUUUGACCUCAUUUUGACAGAAAUUGCAACUUUGAAGUCUGCUUUUGCUCUGAUUUUGACAGGAUUCGAGUGGUAUGUAUACAAGAAUUGAGGCAUUAGAUAUACCAAUACACAAGAAUUGAGUGGUAUGUAUGUAAAUGC